ACCGGGCGCCGGGGGACGCGACCGACUCUCUGCCAUUUGCGCGUCAGUACGCGGCAGCGGAGUGACCGGGAUUCUAGUGUGUAUCGUCAUUGAAGAGCCCUCGCAAAUCGGCGGAAUAAAUAAAACUAUACUUUUCAUUUUAUAUUAUUAUUAAUAUUAUUUUCCAAAUUUUUUAACUAUUCAAAGGUUGCGAUCGAUUUACCCACCGUAUCACACGUUCCGUCGCUUAAAUUCUAUUCUCUAUUACCAAUCGACUAUUUCCAAGUGCAUUCCACAUAGCCGAAGAGAAGAAUUUGUUCGUUAAUCUCUUCUUCUUUUUUUUCGAAUUUAAUUUGUUUUCAUAUUAUUCACCAACAAAUAAAUAAUACAGUGUAUAUUUAAACUCAAAGUACAUAUAUAUAUAUCACGUUAUAGAUAUAUAUAUAUAUAUAGAUAUAUACGCGUAUCAACAAAUAUUUUACAUCAAUAAAAAAAAAGAAACCAAUAAUCAUGGCCGAUACCGCUGCUGUUGAUACAAAGGAAACGAAGACUGUCGCCACACCGGAGAAGAAGGUAGUGGACGAGGAAAGUAAGGUGGUGGAAGACGUUGACGAAGAUUCAAAAGCAUCGGAAAACGGGGACGCCAAAGAGGUGGUGGCAAAAGAGAACGGAGCCAGUGCCGAAGAAAAGGAAGCGGUCGCGGCGGCUGACGAUAAGGACGACCCAGAGUCAACGGAAAACGGCGAUUGCACAGACGCCCCAGCCGACGCGUGCUGUAUAAAGAGGAAAUCAACGGCUCCGCAAUCGGACGCAGUUGACGGAUCACCGGCGGAAGGUGCGAGUCCAGAAAAAAAAGCAAAACUCGAAGAGAAGAGCACCGCAGAUGCUGAGAAUAACGGCGGGGAAGCGGAAGCAGCCGCCUAAUUUUAACAAUUUCACGUAAUUAAUAAUCGAAGUAAAAAGGAAAUGAAAAACAAAAAAAUUACAAAAAAAAACAAAACAAAUUGAAUAAAAAAUGAAAAAAAUCAUACAAAAAAAAAAUAAAUAAAAUUAAACAAACAAACAACAAUUAAAUACAAAAAAAAGCUACCCCUGCCACCCACCCUACUACUACUAACUUAAUACAAGAUAAAAGUCAACUUACUACAGAAAGAAGCAUUUAUAUACAUAUAUAUACGUAUAUACAUGUAUAUUUAAUAACAGCAUUUAACGACAAAUAUGUAUGUAUAUAUAUAUUAUAUCUAUAUAAAUAUAUAUAAUUAUUGACGGACGGGCAUAUUUUAAUAUGCUAGUAAAAGGGAAUACGAAAACAAAAAAUUUGACGAACACGUAAAAAAUGACUAAAAUGCAAAAAAUACAUUUAAUACUAUUAUAUGCCGUUAUUAGUUGUUCUUAUCGUACAGACGAACGAAGAAUUAUUACCUGCAUAAAAAAUAAGCAACAACAUCAACGAGGAAUAAUAGAAAAAAAAAAGAAAGAGAUCCUGCAACGAAGACUAUACAUUCUGAUAUAAUAUCUAAACACAUAUAUUAUUAUUAUUAUUACAAUUAUUAUUAUUAUUAUUAUUAUUAUUAUUAUUAUUAUUAUUAUUAUCUUUAUUUUCACAAUUGAAACUUCAUUGAAUUUUUCAUUAUUUUCUUAUUUCUUACAAACGAAAAAAUAAAAAAUACAAAAAAAUUUCAAAAAAAUUAAAAUAGCAAAAGAACCAAGGUACAAGAAGAAAAAAAAUUAUCAAUCUGUUCAUUUUCAAUUUUACAUUUCAUUAUAUACUUAGAUGUGAGUAUGAAUAUGUAAAUGAAUCACUUGUAUCCUAACGAUUUCUAUAUACGAAGAAGGCGCAACAAGAGGCAAACGAGAGAGAGAAAAGAAAAAGAAAUGUUACAAGAUGUAUGUGGUCCACGUCCAAUUGCAGUAUGUAUCAAGUUUGCGUGAUGAAAUCACGAUUAUUUUAUUAGUAAUAAUCUUGAUUCAUUUUUAUUUUCUAUUUUCUAUUUUACUCACUCGAUCGCCUAAAAAUUCGGACCACCGGAAUCGGAUUAAUAUAGAUAAAUUGAACGAAAAAACAACAUUGAGCAAUUCUAACUGCAAUGUGGCCUCGUUUUUCUAUCAGUUUCAUGAAAUACCUAUUCAAACAAAUGAAAAGAAAAGGAAGAAGAAAAACCGCUGGUAUUGAAAGAUGGGAGAUAAAAUAAACCAUUAUUUUUUCCAUGUAAAAGAUGCGCGAUUUUUUCGAAAGACUUUCUACCGUAUACGUGAAGCGCCCAAUUUAUAAUAAUCAAUUGAUAUUUUUUUCCGAAGAAGAUGAAGAAAAAACGAAAACAAACAACAUUAAUAUUAAAUAUAAUAAAUACUAACAGACGCUGGGCACCAUAUAUCGUACCUCGCAAUUUUUCUACCUUCGACAUCGAUGAUGAUAUCUUGAUUCAAAUUUUGUAACACUGCAACAUUCCCGCAAGCCUGUGCGAUUUGAUGGUAUUGAACGUGAGGAAAUUUAAAUAAAAAAAAAUAAUCAUAUUUUGUCUUGAUUUGAAGAAAAAAAAAAAAAAGAAAAGAAAAGAAACCAAGUAACUGAUUCAUUAUUUUUCGUUUCUCGAAAACAAAAUAUACAUAUAUGUAUCAAAUAGUAUACAUAUAUGAAUGUUACCGUGAAUGACCGAAAUAAGAGAAUGUCAAGAUUUACCGAUGUAAGUCACGAAUAAGGGUAAUUAGCAAAUAUUUCGGACAUACACUGAUUGUGAGCGACUAUGUGAAUGUUAACAUGUCGCUGUCGUCCAGAUUUCGGUGUUUCACUGUAGCAUAUACAUAUAACGCUGAAGAAACAAACGCACAGUGGCGGAUAUGCAUCCAUAUAUACACAUAUGUAUAUAAUAUUACAUACUUGAAUUGGUUCUAUUUAUACAUAUAUUUCGUUUUUUUUUUUUUUGCGUUCUAAUUGGACAAAAAUUCAUUAUUAUAUAGUUUCAUUAAAUACAUAACUACGUACCUAUACACCAAUAUUAUCAUAUACUUAUAUACUUUUCGGCAACUAUCAUAAGUACAUAUAUAUACGACAUAUAUAUUUAUGCAAUUGAUAAAUAAAUUAUUAAUUCCAAUUCUUUUUUUCGUUUUUAUCACUUUCAUACAUAUAUGUAUACAGAUAUUGUCACUACCACUGUCAUACCCUAAAAAAUGCUAUACGGUAAAUGAAUAUCACUAUACAUAUAUAAAUAAGUAAGUGAACAUAUGAUACGCUGAUCAAAAGAAUAUUGAAAAUAAUGGAAAGAAAAAAUUAUUACAAUUGACUAAGUAAACGAAUAAAGAUAUUUUAAGGUAUAUUAUAUGAUAUCUAGUAGAAAAAUGUGUACGUGUGUCUGUCGAAAUAUAGAUAUAUAGAUGAGAAAUAUUUGUUUGGAAAAAGGAACAACAAAAAUAAUAAUAAUUAUAAUAAUAAUAAUAAAGUAAUAAAAAUUAAUCACAACGGGAAAGGAAGAAUAAUAUACUUUUAAACAGAAUAUAUCUAGGCAAGAUAAAAGAGAACAUGUAACAAAAUGAAUCUAUAUACCUGCCGAGCAACAAUUGUGAAUCAUAAACCCGAAUAAUAAUAAUAAUAAUAAUAAUACUAGUAAUAAGAUUAAUAAUAAUGAUGAUAAUGGAAUAACAAAAAGGGAAAUCUAACUACUUUGCAUACAUGAAAAAAAAACGAAUAGAUAAAAUUUAGAAAUUACAAACGUCGAAUAGCAUGGUAAUCAAAAAUAACAAAACAAAGGAGAAAAAACAGACAAACGAAAAGACCAACAAACAAUUUUGAAACCAACCAACGUUUAGGAAAUAUAAAUAUUAUACCUAUAUGAAUAUAUUAUUAACUGACCUAAUUAACAAAGGAUGAUGGUGUACGUGUACAGGAUAAUAUUACAUAUAUAUUAUAUUUGUGUAAUUCACUGUGUUCACUACUAUUUCAGACAGAAACAAUCAACAAAGUAAAACAUGAUUAAUAAAAAAUAAGAAGAUGAGAAUGAAAAAAAUUAAAAAAAUAAAGACAGAGUCAGAAAAAAAUAAAACAAGAAAAUACUGAACUGUUUCUCUUAUAGUAUGGCAAUAAAAUGUUCGUUUUAAAUUUGAA